ACAACUCCUUAGUACAUGAUUAUAAACGUGAUAAUUUUAAAAUUUUUUUCACAGACGCAUCAGUGGGCGAUUCCUCCACUGGCAUAGCUAUAUAUAAUCACUCGAACAAUACAGAGCAUGCACACAAACUGCCCUUCCAAGCUUCCUCCUCGUUUGGAGAAUCGCUGGCGAUUCUAAGAGCACUGGAAAUAGCGAAGGAGUUGAAAUAUGACAAAAUUGUUAUCUUCACAGACAGCCUCAUUGCCUGCCAAUUGCUGAUGAAGGGAAAAACCCAUAACCACAUUAUUUUAGCGAUAUACAACCUGGCUACCAAUGAAGACUUUGAUAAUGUCACUAUAAAUUGGACCCCAAGCCACAAAGGCAUAGCAGGCAAUGAAAGAGCUGACACAAUCGCCAAGAACGCCAUUAACUGUCACAAUGUACUCGAUGUUAGCCUUACUCCUGAAGAAGCACUCAGGCGUAUCCGUAACGAAAUCAACGAUCAAUGGUAUGCUGAUUUUUUAGCAUAUUCGGAUGUUCAACCGAACCUUUUUGCUCAAAUUUUCAGUGCCAAACCCAAAAAUAACUGGUUCAAGUCCACUGCCUUGUCAGCAAAAGAAACUAAAUUAAUAAACAGGAUCCUCACGGGUCAUACUUAUGAUCAGGAGUAUCUUUUCAAAAUCAAAGCUAUAACCAGCAGCCGUUGCAGCUGUGGAGAUCCAGAUAACUUCAUUCAACAAACCUUUCAUUGUCCCCUCUUGGGCCACAUUAGGGAGGGCUUCGAUAUUUUUCAAGAUAAUCAGAAUUUCCAUGAUAUUUUUCACGGCUUCGAUAGACGCAAAAUCACCUCACUUGCUAAUUUUCUAAUUAAAGCGGAAGUAAAAUUCUAAUAAAUUUGUAUAUUAUUUGCGUAUUUAUCCGUGGUGAAAUACCGUCCACCACA